AAACGUGUGCAUAGAACGUAUAGAUAGAACCAUAGAGAAAUAGAUAAAAGAGCGAAGAAACAACGAAACGGACAAUGAGUUCACAAGUGGUUUUGUUCGCCUGCUCCAAAUGCUUUUCGAGGCAUCCAUUCGAAGAGUUGUCGACUGGUCAGCAAUUAUGCAAGGAUUGCCGAGGUUCUUUUCCCACACUUAAAUGUACAUAUUGCCGAUCGGAAUUCCAACAGAGCAACAAAAGCAGCACGUCCACCAUUUGCAAGAAGUGUGAAUAUAAUGUGAAACAGUAUGGAAAACCGUCAGCAUGCGAAUAUUGCAACAUAAUAGCGGCUUUCAUUGGAACCAAGUGCCAAAGGUGUACAAACUCAGAGUUAAAAUAUGGCCCAGCUGUAACGUGUGACCAAUGUAAACAACGGUGUGCAUUUGAUAGACAUGAUGAAAAUAAAAAGAUUGAUGGAAAGCUAUUGUGCUGGCUAUGUACAUUAUCAUUUAAACGUGCCCUAGCCAAGGCGCGUCAGGUUGAAACGGAUAAUCGAUUAACCAAAAAGCGUCCAAGCACGGACAAGCAACCGGUACCGCAAGGGAACCAGCAACAGCAACAAAUCAAAGAGAAUCACAAGAAAAUCCAACGAACCGAUUCAUCGAAGCAAGUGUUGCCGGAAAUACCGGAGAAAAUUCCACGAAACAGCGGCGUAUCCAUCGAUCCAAAUAGUUCGGAUCAUGUGGUGGCGAUGACACAGUUGAAAGAGCAAAUAGCCAGCCUACAGAAGCGAUUGGCGCAAAAAGAUCGCGAUCUGUUAGCCAAAGACAAACUAAUGACCGAAUUAAAGAGUAAAAAUUUCACCAGUGAAAAUGAGAUGCGCAACAAAAUGAAGGAGACGGAAAAGUUUUAUGAAGCUAAAAUUGAUGUUCUAAAUAAGAAAUUGUCGUCGUUAUUGAAGGAAGUAGCACAAUUAUCGAAAAAUACGAAAAAAAGUGCGGUGACAACGGCGAGCAGUGCAAACAACACGGUGGCCGCGGUCAAAGAGAACAGUGGCAGCGGUUCGGCGUCUGGCUCCGGCACCGAUAGUCCAACGACAAAUUAGUGUGACUCUAUGUAUUUCCUUCUACUUCGUUUUUUUUUUAUCUCUCGAUUUACUUUCUUUUUUUUUUCUUAAUUUUUUUUCCUCCUUCGAUGGUUUAUAUAUAUAAGAAACUCAGAAACUUUUAGUUUUGCUCUAAAUUUACACAAAAAAAAACUUGAAAAAAAAAAUUAUAUUUCAAAAUGUUCAGACGAUAUUUUACAAGCAAUUGAAAGCAUUCAAAUGAAAUUACCAAUUUAAAACAAAUAAAAAAAAAGAAUGAAAAUGAAAUGACAAGCAACAAAAGAAAUCUUCAUUGACCAUUUAAUAUUUUCUGAGACCUGCUGUUGUGUAUUGUCAAUAUCAAUUGAAUGUUUUUACAUGUUAAAUUAUAAAAUGCAAAACAUUUUUUUUUCUAUUGUGCGUCAAAAUCAUUAUCAAUACAAAAAAAAACGUAAUUCAAUGUCAAUGUUAUCACUCACAACACACAUACACAACAACUCACUCAACACGAAUUGUGUCUCUGGAAAUAAAUCAGUUCACAAAACUUACUCAUUUCUAUAAAACUGGAACAAUCAUUUCAAAAUUAUUCGCAUGCAAAACAAACAAAAAAAAACAGAACGAAAAACAUUUGUUUUUUUUCUAUAUAUAUAAAUAUGUAAUUGUAUUUUUUUUUAAAAAACUUUCGUAAACAUAAGAGACCACAUCAACAAACCACAUUGGCGAAAUUGCCCAUAAUUUCUGUUUCAAAACGCUUAGAUCAAACAAUUGAAAUAGUAUAAAAGAAGAAAAACUCAAAAGAAAUUUCUUUCGUUCCAACGAUUGAAUCUUUCAAAUCUGUUCCACAGAGAAAAAAAAAACAUUUUUUUUAUUGUUCCAAUGAACCAACGAACAAAACAUCAUUUCCUAUGAAAAUUUUCCUGCGCAAUUUUUCGUUUUCGGUUUUGAUUUUCAUUCGUUUUUUUUUCUUCAUUUUUUCUCUUCUUUUUCUUCAUACAGGUUCGAUAUUGUUGUGCUCAAAAUAAACACAGCAAUUUCGCACUUUUCCCUUUUAGUAGCAAUUACAAUCUAGAAUAAUUUUUGAGAAAAAACAAAACAAAAGAAAAACCUACAAAAAAAACCAGCGGUCCUAAACAAAAAUCACCGUUCAAAAUGAAGUGAAUAUUUUUUUCCCGUUCUUUAAGUAAAAAAAAUAGUUCUUAUAAAAAAAAUUAAUGUAUUAUUCUCAUAAAUAAAAACAACAUUUUAAAAAUUAAUUGCAUUUCA